CUGUCCCUCACAGCUAAAUAUUAAAGGCCGGCUGCCUCAAUUCCGCGACUCUGACACAAACGUCUCCCUACCCUUGCAACCUCCACCGCAUACACUGUACCACAUACCACAUACCACACGCCACAUAUUGAAGCAAUCAGCCCGAUGGCAGAACCAAUUGGUCUGGCUUCCGGAUUGUUGGCUUUGUCUACCUUUGCCUUCCAUUCUAGCAUUAAAUUAUACGAGACUGUUAAGAGUUUCCACUCCCAUCCGAAACGCGUACGCGACCUUUUGGAGGAACUUGAGGCUUUGAGGGGGGUUCUAGGUUCGCUCACUGAAAUAAUUGAUGCUACCACCGACAUAGACCUUUCUGCACUCGAUCUUCCCUUACUACGAUGUGGUAAAGCCUGUGAAGAGUUUCAACAAGAAAUUCUGAAGUGUUCGUCGCGGUCUAUUGGAAAUCGGACCAGCUUCCGAGACUGGGCGAGGUUAAGGUACAUGGGUGAUGAUCUUGAUGGUUUCAGGCGACUUUUGGCUGGGUAUAAGUUGACUAUCAAUAUUGCUCUCACUGACGCAAACCUUCGCGAAUCUUUAAUCACUGCAGAGAACAUUGAGCACUACGAAUGUCUCGUCGAGACUGCGAAAGCUGACCUCGAGUCUCACCUUGAAAGCAUCGACGAAAAGCUUGAACUGAUACUUGAACGAACUCUGUCAGAGUCUGACUCAGAUGCACUGGAGCUACGGCAGAUAAAAGAAGAGCGGAAAAGCACAGAAAAAUGUCUCCAAAUCUGCGCCCAGUUGUCCGACCACAUUAGUCAGGUUCAGCUCUCAUUCAAGCGCAAUGGUGACUCUGGACUCGGUCUGGACACUGAAAGAGUGACAAACGAUGGCCUGCAGGAAUGCAAAAAUAAUCUUCGUCUUACAAUUUCCGAACUGGAGAGGCGCAUGCAAAAUGUAAUGAAUCGAAUGGUGACAAAAUCAAAGACGGCUAUGACGUCUGAGGAAGAACAUCAGGAUCUUACUAGGCUGCGGGAUGAAUGGGAAACGGCUCACAAGUGCAUGGAUAUCUGCUCUAAGGCAAAUGAUAAUCUGAAAGAGAACAUGAGCACUAUUGACAAUUACGCUACUGGCGACGCUCUACAGUUCAUGGUUUCGACUACUGGGCAAACCAUCAACGGUAGAAAUCGAGGGUUAGGAUGGCGGACGAGGCAGGUUGGAGGCCACCUCAGUGACGUCACAAUUCAACACCUAUCUCGAGAUAUGACGAGCAUCAACAUUCGAAAUCCCGAGAAUGCCGGCCCAUCUUCAGAGGGUACUGCUUCAUUCAUUUCUGGUGAUGCGACAGAGAAUGAAGCCAAGACCGAAUUCAAGGAACGGUAUGGACAAGGGUUUACGCUCACGCCCAGGUCUUCUACAAGCACAGUUACAGGGUGAUUCCACGAAGGGAGGAGAAGGCUUGUUGUUGGUUAAUUGAAGUGCUGCUUUUGAUGUUAGUUUCUAUUUCUACUUGUUUUGCAUAUGGUGUCCUUAAACAGCUUAGAGAUGACAAUCUAUUGUGUCGGUUGUGAGC